GAGAGCAGCUGCGUGUGCGCCUGCGCACGAGGCCCAGGCCAGACUGCCCCGAGCCCUUCUGGCGGAGCAGGUGGCCCGGAUCCCAAAGCUUCCUGGUUUCUCAUCCCCUGACCCUGCAGCUGCUGCUGCUGCUGCUGCUGCUGCUGCUGCUGUUCCUCCUUCCCUGGAGGUCAGACCUGCCACUGAUGGUCCUAACAACACCAGCCCUACUUCAGCCACCUUUGCCUCCUGUUUUAAGAAGAGAAAGUUAAACACCGGAAGCAGCAGCAACAAAAGAGAAGACUGACCCCAUCCUUUUUCCCUGAUCCUCUCCCCAAGCCUCCUCCCAAGAACUCCUCUACACCCUCUUCUGCCUCUUCUACCGCCUCCUGCCCAGGGAUAUCAGUCACUACCCCCAACCAUCCAACCUCUAGAAGAAACUGCAUCUGUAAGACUCCUUGGAUGUUACAGGACUUGCUGUGAAGAUGGCCGAGGAAGCGGCAUCGACUUCUUCACCUGAUCUUGCUGUAUCUCAGCAGCAGGAACUCAAAAACAAAAACUUAUUCAUUUCCUCUGUGGCUAAGGGGGCCACCAAAGCCCCCACUACUACCGCUAGCUUCACCAAUGGCAAACCAAGUUUAGCUAAGAAACUGGUGAUCAAGAACUUUAAGGACAAACCUAUGCCAGAAAACUAUACGGAUGAAACAUGGCAGAAGCUGAAAGAAGCCGUGGAAGGCAUUCAGAACAGUACCUCGAUUAUGUAUAAUUUGGAAGAACUUUAUCAGGCUGUUGAAAACCUCUGUUCCUACCGGAUCUCUGCAAACUUAUACAAACAGCUGAGACAAAUCUGCGAAGAGCACAUCAGUUCCCAAAUUCACCAAUUUCAAGAAGAUUCACUGGACGGUGUUCUGUUUCUAAAGAAGAUCGAUACAUGCUGGCACAAUCACUGCAGACAAAUGUCCAUGAUUAGAAGCAUUUUUUUGUUUCUGGAUAGGACGUAUGUUCUUCAGAAUUCAAUGCUGCCUUCCAUUUGGGACAUGGGUCUAGAAUUAUUUAGGACCCAUAUAAUUUGUGAUCAGAAAGUCCAGAGCAAGACUAUUGAAGGCAUUCUCCUUUUGAUUGAGAGGGAAAGGAAUGGUGAAGUAAUUGAUAGAAGUUUGCUUCGAAGCCUUCUGAGUAUGCUUUCAGACUUGCAGAUUUAUCAAGAUUCUUUUGAACAAAAAUUUUUGGAAGAAACCAACCGGCUAUAUGCAGCAGAGGGUCAGCGUUUAAUGCAAGAAAGAGAGGUUUCUGAAUACUUUCAUCAUGUCAACAAACGUCUAGAAGAAGAGGAAGAUAGACUGAUCACUUAUCUAGAUAUGAGUACCCAGAAGCCACUAAUUGCUACUGUAGAAAAACAACUUCUGGGUGAACACUUAACAGCCAUCCUUCAGAAAGGUUUAAGUCACCUUCUUGAUGAGAAUCGGACUCAAGAUUUGUCUCUACUCUAUCAGCUGUUUAGUAGGGUAUACAAUGGAGUACAGGUUCUUUUGCAGCACUGGGUUGAAUACAUCAAGGCAUUUGGCAGCACUAUUGUCAUCAAUCCUGAAAAAGAUAAGACCAUGGUGCAGGAAUUGCUAGAUUUUAAAGAUAAAGUUGACCAUAUUAUUGAAAUAAGCUUUAUGAAAAAUGAAAGAUUUGUCAAUGCCACCAAAGAAGCAUUUGAAAUCUUCAUUAACAAAAGACCAAAUAAGCCUGCUGAACUCAUAGCAAAGUAUGUGGAUUCAAAGCUCCGUGCAGGUAACAGAGAAGCUACAGAUGAAGAACUUGAGAAAAUGUUGGACAAGAUCAUGAUUAUAUUUCGGUUCAUUUAUGGGAAAGAUGUCUUUGAAGCCUUUUAUAAGAAGGAUUUAGUCAAAAGACUGUUGGUUGGCAAGAGUGCAUCAGCAGAUGCUGAAAAAGCAAUGCUCUCCAAACUCAAGCAUGAAUGUGGAGCCGUGUUCACCAGUAAACUGGAAGGUAUGUUCAAAGACAUAGAGCUGUCCAAAGACAUCAUGAUUCAGUUUAAACAGUAUGUGCAAAACCAAAACUUUCCUGUGAGCAUUGAACUAACUGUGAAUAUCCUGACAAUGGGUCACUGGCCAACCUAUGUGCCUAUGGAGGUUCACUUACCUGCUGAGAUGGUAAGACUCCAGGAGAUUUUCAAGACUUUUUACUUGGGUAAACACAGUGGGAGGAAGCUUCAGUGGCAAUCAACGCUAGGACAUUGUGUACUAAAAGCAGAAUUUAAAGAGGGGAAAAAGGAACUCCAGGUCUCUCUUUUCCAAACACUGAUGUUGCUAAUGUUUAAUGACGGUGAAGAAUUCAGUGUAGAAGACAUUAAGCAAGCUACAGGAAUAGAGGAUGGAGAAUUAAGGAGAACACUCCAGUCAUUAGCCUGUGGCAAAGCUAGAGUUUUGACGAAAAAUCCAAAGGGCAAAGAUGUGGAAGAUGGUGAUAAAUUUACUUGCAAUGAUGACUUUAGACACAAGCUCUUCAGGAUAAAAAUCAAUCAAAUCCAAAUGAGAGAAACAGUCGAGGAACAGGCAAGUACUACAGAAAGGGUCUUUCAGGACCGGCAGUAUCACAUUGAUGCUACAAUUGUGAGAAUCAUGAAGAUAAGAAAGGCUCUAGACCACAAUCUGCUUAUUUCAGAAGCAUAUAAUCAAUUGAGGUUCCCAGUUAAGCCUGCUGAUCUCAAGAAAAGAAUAGAAUCCUUAAUCGACAGGGACUACAUGGAAAGAGACAAAGAGAACCCAAACCAGUACAACUAUGUUGCCUAAAAUGUUUGCCUUUGAGCAUUUGGUAUAAUAUCAUACACAGUUGCCAGUAGAUAAACUACCCUACUGUUCCAAUUAAUUGACUUCUUUCCUACUACUGAUGACUGAAUGAAUGAAAGCCACUUUUUUUAGUGGUUUAUAUGCCCAUUUAAAGAGUACAGUUUACAUUAAAGAAGAAUGCU